AUGCAUGUACCUCUUACCGAAUCUCAUGUAGCGUUUGUUGGUCGGUAUUUUAUCACCAUCGCCGUUGUUGUUGCUGCUGUCGUCGACGUCGUCAGUGUAGUAGUUGAAGUUGCUGCUGCUGCUGCUGCCGCGACCAUUGUGGCGAACAUCCCAACAACAACCUUUCAAAUGACCUUCACCUUUGCCCUCGCCAUCCCAGGCCUCGGCCAACGACAGCAGGGAACAGUAGCAGAAAAUACUCAACGACAUCAGAUAGAAAGAAGAAGAAGAAGAAAAAGAGGAAGUAGAAGAGGAGAAGAAGAAGAAGAAGAAGAAGAAGAAGAAGAAGAAGAAGAAGAAAAAGAAGGAGAAGAAGAAGAAGAAGUAGAAGAGGAGAAGAAGAAGAAGAAAAAGAGGAAGUAG